AUGGCUCCUAGACCAGAAGUAGAGGGAGAUAACUCCUCCUCUAUCGAUGAGAAGUCUCUGUCUAAAGAAGAGCAUCUCCCACCGGCUUACUCCACUCUGGUUCUGGUGAAGGAGAAUGAGGAGGCUGCGGAGGAUCCCUGGGAGCUCCCAGAGCUGAAAGACACUGGGGUCAAGUGGUCAGAUCUAGACACAAAGGGAAAGGUUUUAAGAGUGUUAACCGGUAUUCUGAAGCUGGUUCUGCUGCUUGGACUUCUCUACAUGUUUAUUUGCUCACUUGAUGUUCUCAGCUCUGCUUUUCAGCUAGUGGGAGGCCGAGCUGCUGGUGACAUCUUCAAAAACAGUGAGGUGCUAACUAACCCUGUGGCUGGGCUGGUGAUCGGGGUUUUAGUCACAGUGUUGGUGCAGAGCUCCAGCACUUCCUCCUCUAUCGUGGUCAGCAUGGUCGCCUCUGGACUACUGGAAGUUAAAAUGGCAGUGCCAAUCAUCAUGGGAGCCAACAUCGGAACAUCUGUCACCAACACUAUUGUGGCUAUGAUGCAGGCAGGAGAUCGGAAUGAGUUCCGCAGGGCAUUUGCUGGUGCUACAGUCCACGACUUCUUCAACUGGCUUUCUGUCCUGAUUCUUCUGCCGCUGGAAGCUGCCACAGGUGUUCUGUACAAAGUCACCAAACUCAUCAUCGAUUCUUUUCAUCUCGAGUCCGGAGAAGACGCCCCCGAACUGCUCAAGGUCAUCACAGACCCUCUCACAAAAUCCAUCAUCCAGCUCGACAAAUCUGUUAUCACUGCAAUUGCCACUGAUGACCCGGUUGGCAUGAACAAGAGUCUGAUAAAAAAAUGGUGCAAAACAGAGACCAACACGACUUUCUGGAAUGUGACAGUGAACACCUGCCCACCAGGUGACAUCUGCUGGGAGGAAGGAAACCAGACUUGGACCCAGAUGAAUGAGACUUUUACCAAUUACAUAAAGAGAUGUAAUCACAUCUUUGCCAAUACGACCUUGUCAGAGUUGGCCGUGGGCCUCAUUCUGCUGGCUGCGUCUUUGUUCGUCCUCUGCACCUGUCUCAUCCUCAUCGUCAAGCUGCUCAACUCCAUGUUGAAGGGCCAGGUGGCUGUGCUGAUCAAGAAGGUGCUCAACACAGACCUACCCUUCCCCUUCACCUUUCUCAUGGGCUAUGUUGCAAUUUUGGUGGGAGCCGGGAUGACCUUCCUGGUUCAGAGUAGCUCUGUCUUCACCUCAGCUAUAACUCCUCUUGUUGGUAUCGGUGUUAUUAGCCUUGAGCGAGCAUAUCCUCUGACGCUGGGGUCAAAUAUUGGUACAACAACAACAUCUAUACUUGCUGCUAUGGCUAGCCCUGGAGAAACACUAGAAAACUCUCUGCAGAUUGCACUUUGCCAUUUCUUCUUCAACAUCUUUGGCAUUGUACUGUGGUACCCGAUCCCUUUCAUGCGGUUGCCCAUCAGGUUGGCAAGAGGGCUAGGGAACAAAACUGCCAAAUAUCGCUGGUUUGCUAUCAUCUACCUGAUUGUGGUCUUCUUGGUUUUCCCCCUGACUGUCUUUGGUCUGUCAAUGGCUGGCUGGAAAGUACUGGUUGGCGUCGGUGUGCCUUUUGUUGUUUUAAUUAUCUUUGUGAUCGUUAUCAAUGUGAUGCAAUCUCGCUGCCGACGCUUCUUGCCCAAGUUCCUCCGUACCUGGGACUUUUUACCCCGGCCCCUGCAUUCGAUGGCCCCGUGGGAUAGCAUCAUUACCUCAGCUUCAAGCUUCUGUGGCAAACACUGCUGCUGCUGCUGCAAAUGCUGCAAGUGCUGCAAGAAAAAUGAGGAGGAUGAAGCGAUUGAGACGAGCAGGAAGCCAAGUCUGGAGAUGUACGAUAACCCAGCCAUGUCUAAAGAUGAGGACACAAAGGAGGCCACUAAAAGAACACAAUUUUAA